UAACUCUUACACCACUACAACAAUCCAAAAAAAAGAACGUGGCAUAUAUCUCAGUAAAAUCGUUUAACCCCAUAAAACCCUUUCCAACUCUGCAGACAACAUCUCAAAACUUCAAUACAGCAAAGAAUAGGUCUCGUGCUAGCUCAACAGUGAUUUAGGAGCUCGCCUGUGUUUAUACGCACACUGGUGUUUUUUGUGAAUGAAGCUCAUUACGUAUGCAGCCUCCUCGCGCUCCAUUCACAAACUGCUGCUGCUGCUGCCUCUGUCCGUCUUCCUUCCCCUCUCAGUCUGCGUGGAUCUCAUUAAAACACAGCCAAAUGACCACAAACGGUUAAGGCAUGGAUUAUAAGAUGGAUGGAUAUCUGGAUCAGCAAGUGCCUUAUACUUUAGCUAAUUGAGAGAGCGAGGGAAAUCAAAACUUCCCUUUAUAUUCAAGAUGAUUUCAUUUAAAGGUCGCAAGGAAAUGGGCCCCUAAAUAGACUCUUGAUGGCAACAAAAAGGAAAUACAUGGACACCGAAUUACCCCCUCAGGAAUCUGAAGAUCUCUUUCAGGAUUUAAGCCAACUUCAGGAGACAUGGCUCACCGAAGCUCAAGUCCCCGACAGCGAUGAGCAGUUUGUUCCAGACUUCCACUCGGAGAACUCAGUGGCAUUUCACAGCCCGCCGGUGAAGAUCAAGACAGAGCCGCAGAGUCCCGGAUCAGACCCCAGCCAGUCCUGUAGCCACAAGCAGACCUUCAGUUACCCAAAUGGAGAGCAGUGCCUUUAUGCCAGUGCCUACGAGCAGAAGAGAACAGCUGUGGCGGCAGCUGGAGGACACAAGAGCUCAUGUCCAGGGACUCCUAUGUCCCCUAUGCAGCAUUACUCCCCAAAACCGACAGUGGGCAAUCGACCCGAGUCAGGGUACAUGAAUCCUCCCUCAGCCACCCAAUCCCACCCCUGCAACAGCCACAGUUACCCCAUGAACCCAAGUUCCAGGUUCCCUUCUGGUUCGGCAGAGAUGUGCCCACCAUUUGGUCCCCAAGGCCAAGCCCUGCAGCGCAUGCAUCCUUCCCAUGCCAGCGGUGCUGGACACGGCGGUUACCAUCGGCAACACUCCGACCCCUGUUUGCCGUAUCCACCUCAGCAGAACUUCAAGCAGGAGUACAUAGACCCUCUGUACGACCGGGCAGCCCACAUGGCCGGACCACAGGCACAGAGGUUUCCACCCGCCCACAUGAUGGUCAAGCAGGAACCCACCGACUACACUUAUGAACCUGAUGUGCCUGGUUGUCCUUCCAUGUACCAUCACAAUGAAGGCUACCCCAACCCACAGCACAACAGUGAAGGCUACAUGUUCGAAAAUGAUUCCCGCGUUGUUCCUGAGAAAUUUGAAGGUGAGGUAAAGCAGGAAGGGGGUGGCGUGUUUCGUGAGGGUGCCCCCUAUCAGCGCCGUGGCUCACUGCAGCUCUGGCAGUUCUUAGUGGCGCUCCUGGACGACCCUGGCAAUGCACAUUUCAUUGCGUGGACUGGCCGUGGCAUGGAAUUCAAACUCAUUGAGCCCGAGGAGGUGGCAAGACUUUGGGGAAUGCAGAAGAACCGUCCAGCCAUGAAUUACGACAAACUGAGUCGCUCUUUGCGCUACUAUUACGAGAAGGGAAUUAUGCAAAAGGUGGCGGGUGAGCGCUAUGUUUACAAAUUCGUGUGUGAGCCGGAGGCUCUGAUAUCCUUGGCUUUCCCUGACAAUCAGCGGCCAAGUCUGAAAGCGGAAUUCGAGCGCUACGUCAACGAGGAGGACACAGUGCCGCUGUCACACCUUGAUGAGGGUGCGUCUUACCCUCCCGAACCAGCUGCCGCCAACAUGGGCCCUCAGCCCUAUUCCAAAGGCUACAUGUACUAAUGCCAUCAUCAUUCUCCCAUGUUUUCCAUCCCAGUUUACUACCCCCUGCACCUAUUGCACAUGCUCACCCCAUCCACUUGUAUAUAAGGCUAAGUUUUUUUUCUUUAAAUUAAUCAUAUUAGGGACUCUGCAUUCCUCUCAUUUCUGAGGCCUAUCUAAUGUAAACACAUUACUGUGGUUUAAGAGAUUGCUUAAUAAAGACUCGAUAUUACUACUA